GCCUAUUUUAGUAGAUGACGGACUGACAAGGUUAAAACCUUUUAUAGAAAACUACUUCUUUAUUUUGCUGUAAUAGCCACGUUUCGGUACAGACCCUUAAAUGUCGCUGUUGCACAACAUAAAGACGUCCUUAUCCACAAAAUAUGUCAACUUUGUAAGAAAAAUAUCGCCAUAAUCAGUCACGUGGAAAACCAACAAAAGGUAUAAAGGGGGAUCAUUUCGAUAUCCUUGCAUCCCGCACUUCUCCCGCAACUGUGUCUGAUCUGAUCUGUAGCGAAAUUGUAAGUACAGUUUUAACAUGUUCAACCAUUAGUAUAUCUUCGUAAACCAUUAGUAAAUCUUAGUAGAGCAUGAGCAAAUCUUAGUAAAGCAUUAGUCAGUCUUGCAUUUUUUUACGCUAACCAUACGCACUGACAGUGUUGUCAGUUGAACAGGACAUGCUUAGCCGAACACGUGCUGCCCUCACUGUUAGUAGGCGAUGAUUAGAGAGCGAAUGAGUGAGUUAGGUUUAACGCGUGUCUUGGUGUGGGAGGAAAGUGAUGCAGCUCUCAGAUGUUUAGCAUUUGGUGAAACUGAAGAGCACGGGUAUGGUGCUGACAAAAACCUAGAAACAUAAUCGGGGCGAACUGGUAUUCGAAACCACAAUCAUAGGUUUAUGUUAUGCCCACGGGACUUCGCUCAGUACAGCGAAUUGCGAAUUAUCCAUAAGCCAAUCUUGUCUGUAUUGACAGUAGGCAUCCUCCGUGGUCUAGUGGAUGGAGCGUCCGGUGGGAGAUCGGAAGCUAUUUGAACAGCAGACAUGAAGUUCGCCGUAUUUCUCCUUGUCUUGGCAUGUGUUUGCGCUGUCGCCCUAAGCGCUCCUCGUAAAAGAAGGUGCAGACGCAAAGGUGAGAACGGCAACGGCAAUGGCAACGGUGAGAACGGCAACGGCAAUGGCAACGGUGAGAACGGCAAUGGCAAUGGCAACGGUGAGAACGGCAAUGGCAACGGUGAGAACGGCAAUGGAGAAUGUGACGAAGGGAACAAUGAUGACAAAUAUGACGACUCGAACGACAGCGGUAACGGCAAUGGCAACGGUGAAGCAGUUUCCCAGCGAGCGUAAUCAUGAAUUAAUGUCCUGCAAUCUUGAAUAAAUACUUUUCCCUAUCUUUCAA